GCGGAACGUUUCGUUGAGAUGGAGAAAGAGAUCGAAGAUGACCGACGGCUGGCGAGCGAGCGAAUACAAAAGCUCAAAGACAUCAUCCUUGCAAAAGAUGCAAGUGUUUCGGAGGCACGCAAACAAAUAGAAGAGUUGUCCAGCCAACUAUCCGAUAAAAACCGUCUCCUCCGCGAAAAAGAACAUCAAAUUGAAGAAAGUCGUCGGAAAAUAGAAGAGUCGGUCAAUCAUAUAGCAGAAGCUGAAGCGAAAGCUAGGAAAUUGGAGGCGGAGUUGUCGCAGAGCGAGGCUCGACGGUUAGCUGUGACGGACUCUGAAUCUGAUUUGCGUUCUCAGCUCGAUGAUAAAGAAGCUCUCAUACUGUCCUUCAAACAGCAAGUGGAGAAGCUAACGGCCGAAUUAGCUUCCAAAGAGCAAGCCCUGCGAGAUGCCGUAACCGAAGCUAGUGAGAAAGAGGAACACUGGAAAAGAAAACGAGAAGAAUUCGAGGAACAGCUGGAAAAGAAUCAGGAGCACAACGAAGAAUUGCUCUCCACCACCAAGCAAUUGCAAACAUCGUUAGAGCACGAGAAGAAAGAUAACGCUGCCCUGCAGGCAAAAAUUGUUAAAUUGGAUAUCUCUCAAGAAGAAUCAUCGCGAAGAAUCACUGCACUGGACGCUGAAUUGGAAGAAUGUCGGAAAACGGUAGAGGUCUUGACACAAACCGUGCAAAAUCAGAAAGAGCAGUUAGCUGAAGAGCAAAGUCGACGCGAAGCUACACAGAAAAAAUACGAGGAUGAAGUUACUCUGCUGAAGUCCGUGGAAAAUGCUCUGUCUGACGCCAGAUCAGAACUCGAUUCUGUACAAAAGAAGUCAGAGCAACGGGAAUCAGAGCUGGAGUCAUUGGUGCAACAAUUAGAAGAUGAAAAGAAUAAUUUGAUUACUGACCAAGACUCAAAAGACCAAGAAAUGCGUCGUUUGACGACUUCGAACGAGCGACUACAAGACGAUUUGAACAGUAAAUCCAUGGAAUUGGAACAUUUCCAUGAGCGAAUGGCGAAGUUCGAAUCCGAAAUAGCGGAUGAACGCCGCAAACUCGAAACCCUGGAAGUGGAGCGGCAAGGAGCAGUGGAAGAAUGUUCGUUGUUACGGGUUCAGCAACAAGAGGCUUCCAAGCGGUCAGACGAGGCUCUAGAAGAACAGAAAAAAGAAGCCGAAGAACUUCGUGGAACAAUCCGAACAAAAGAGGAGCAGUUGGCCAAUUUACAAGCAAGAUGCGCACAGUUUGAACAAUUGUCAAAAGAUAUCCAGUUGUCCAAAGAUCGUGAACUGUCCGAGAAAAAUGCUGAGAUUGAACGUCUGACGUCAAGUAUGGCCGAAAUAGAGUCCGUGGCACUUUCAAAAGAAGCGAAACUGAGUGAAGAAAUAUCUGCCCUGAAACGAUCGAUCAAAGCAAUACAGUCUGAACUGGACGAACAAGUCAGAGUUUCGGCAGAGGCGGUGAAAACUGCCGAAGAGAUGACGACGGCCAAUAUGGAGUUGUCAAAGAAAAUCUCGUCUUGGGAAGAGGAAAAGAACGCGCUCAUCGAACGAUGUUUGAAUACCGAAAGCGACUUGGACUUCGAACGAGAUAGAGCGAUGGAGAAUAAGCGGAGAUUUGAUGAAGCACUUUCGGCUAUGCAUGAGCUUGGACGAGCUAAUCAGUCACUGCAGGUUCAGAAUCCAUCCCCCUGA